UCAGAAGACAUUCAAAUGUUUUAGGGUUUUGUUUGAGAAAAACAAUGUCGUCCGUUUACAAUCGCCGUGAUAACUAUUUUUGACAUUCCCCAAAAAGCAUAAUUUCAUAAGUUGUGUAUUGUUUGAAUUGCUUUCUGAAGUAGGCUCGAUUUGCCAAAGGCGUGUCUCUUUUCAUCCACAUUGGAUUCAUAUUUCAAUUUUAUACAAAAAUACAUUUGCGAACACACCAGCGUUUUUUCCAAUAGGCCUACUUUAAAGCAAUAAUUAUUCUGCCCUCCUGCUCUUCCACCUUUCUAAAUCACUGUUAAAAACUAAACAAUAAUGCACUGAAUGUAUGAAGAUGGUGCAUUUACUUUCAAAUGAGCCUGCACGUUAGGCCUGGAUGACUGAAGAAAGUUAGAUAAUGCACCAUUCUUCAAUGCGUCGACAUCGGUUCCAAUUUUUUAAAGUUAAAUGAUGCUACAGCCUCUAAGAGUUUGAACUUGGGUCAACAAAAGGUGUCCGUUGGUAGUCAAUAACUCGAUGUGUCCUGAACCCGUCCUCCCGCUAGAGGGAGCCCUGGAAGCGCGUUCCGGUCACCGCACGAUCUCAGGUGGUCAUGGGGUGGCAAUGGAUAGCGUAAGUUUAUCAUUAAAGUUUGUUCGACCUAAGACCAACGAAUCCCGUACUGUAAAUCCGGUUCAAUCAAUGACGCGCGAAUGAUCAUCCAUUCUGAUGCGCUUUUAUUUUUUAUUUUUAUGCUUGGUACUCGACCAUGUAACCAUUUCCGAAACGCAAAACCAUAAUCUAAAUCCCGAGACAAAUUUUGGUAAUUAACAAAUCCCAAAAUCCUAUCGAUUUGGCUGGCUGCAGCCAGGGAGAGAACUUUAAGGACACGCCCUUUCUUCAGACGGAUCUGUCAGAGAGCGCCUGAAGUAACGCUACAGUCGUGUUUUGUUUUUUUAUCCGUGUAUAUGUAAAGCAAAUAGAUUUCACGAUGCAAUGCACAAAACCGCCAAGUCGAACCAAAUCGGAGGAAGAACUCUAUAAUGCUCAAAGGAAGAAGGUGACGAGUUUAAAUGCCAAGUUCCUAGGUCUGGAGGGAGAUGGAGACCUUCAGUUCCUGUUGACGGGGGGAGACCUGCUUAAGGUGCGCUCUUCGUCCUGGAAGAAAACCCGCUAUUUCAAACUGCAGGAUGACUGCAAGACCCUGUGGUACGAGUCACAGCGGACCUUUUUCAAGUCGAACCCAGCCUGUGAGUGUCUUCCCCGCAGAGCGCCACUCUCCAUCGAAGACAUCUCGGCGGUGCGGCCGGGCCGUCACUCGGAGGGCCUGCAGAAGUACACGGAGGAGCAGGUGGGCCCGCGAUGCUUCUCCAUCAUCUUCAAGGGCCGGCGCAAGAACCUGGACCUCAUCGCCAGCUCGGAGGAGGAGGCCCGGCGCUGGGUGGUCGGCCUGGAGAAGGUCAUCACCAGCACCAAGGGCCUGGACCGCCAGGUGAAGACUGAGCACUGGAUCUUCAACUGCAUGAGGAAGGCCGACAAGAAUGUGGACGACAAGCUGACUCAGAAAGAGCUGAAGGACCUGCUGCUUUUCAUGAACAUGGAGGUGGAGGAUGACUACGCUGAGAUCCUCUUCAAGCAAUGCGACGCGUCCAAAUCGGGGUACCUGGCCGGCGCGGAGAUCGAGCGCUUCUACGAGCUGCUGACGCAGCGGCCGGAGAUCGACGUCAUCUACUCGGAGUACGCCCGCACCACGGGCCUCAUGAGCGCCGCCGACCUGCAGCAGUUCCUGGUGCAGGAGCAGAGGGAGGAGGCCACGCUGGCCGACGGCCACGCGCUAAUCGACAAAUACGAGCCAGACGAAAAAGUCAAGGAGAAGAAGCUCCUGUCCAAGGACGGCUUCCUCAUAUACCUGAACCACCCUGAGAGCGUGGUGCUGAGCCCCACACACGCCACCUUGUACCAGGACAUGAGCCAGCCGCUCAGCCACUACUUCAUCUCCUCCUCGCACAACACCUACCUCUUGGAGGACCAGCUCAAGGGCCCCAGCAGCACGGAGGCCUACAUCAGGGCCCUCCUGCUGGGUUGCCGCUGCGUGGAGCUGGACUGCUGGGACGGGCCCGACGGCGAGCCCGUCAUCUACCACGGCUACACGCUCACCUCCAAGAUCCUCUUCAAGGACGCCAUCCAGGCCAUCCACGAGUACGCCUUCAAGACGUCUGAGUACCCGGUCAUCCUGUCCCUGGAGAACCACUGCAGCGUCGAGCAGCAGCAGGUCAUGGCCCAGCACAUGAGCUCCAUCCUUGGGCCAGCCCUGCUCACACAGCCCCUGGGGGACACCAUGCCCACCUGCUUCCCCUCGCCGGAGGACCUGAAGCGGCGUUUCAUCAUCAAGGGGAAGCGUCUGAACAAGCUGGAGGCAGCCUUCUCUCCCGAGGCCGCGGCGGACACCGCCGAUUGCGAGUCUGUGUCGGAGGACAGCGAGGAGGACGAAAAGGAGGAGGCAGAGGAGGAGGAGAGGAAGAAGAACAAGAAGAAGCUGAAGCUGGCGAAGGAGCUGUCGGACAUGGUGGUGUACUGCAAGAGCGUCCACUUCAACGGCUUCGCGGACGCAAGGGACAACCUGAGCUUCUACGAGAUGUCCUCCUUCAAGGAGGGCAAAGCCCUGGAGCUGGCGGAGGAGUCUGCUAACUGCUACAUCCACCACAACGUGGACAAGCUGAGCCGGAUCUACCCCGCAGGCUCCAGGACCGACUCGUCCAACUACAACCCCGUCCCCUUCUGGAACGCUGGCUGUCAGAUCGUGGCGCUGAACUUCCAGACGCGCUGCGCGGACAUGAGUCUGAACCAGGGCCGCUUCCUGGUGAACGGCCGCAGCGGCUACGUGCUGAAGCCCUCCUACCUGAGGGACGCCGCCAGCGAGUUCGACCCCAUCACCCUGACCCGCGGGCCCUGGCUGAAGCACAAGAACCUCCACAUCAUGGUGAUCUCAGGCCAGCAGUUGCCUAAGGUGAAGGCUAAGAAGACCUCCAUCGUGGACCCGGUGGUGAGGGUGGAGGUGCAGGGCGUCCCUGCUGACGUAGCGGUGAAGGAGACGGCGUGCAUCGAUAACAACGGGUUCAACCCCGCGUGGAACGAGAGCUUUACUUUCGACGUGCACGUACCGGAGCUGGCCCUGGUCCGCUUUGUCGUGGAGGACUACGACAGCGCCUCGGACAACGAAUUCGUCGGCCAGUACACACUCCCCUUCUCCAGCUUGCAGAUGGGAUACAGACACGUGCCUCUACUCGACCAGAACGGAGACCUUCUCCCGUCGUCGGGUCUAUUUGUACACAUCAUGGUGGUCGACGCGUAGUAAGACGGGCGUCUCACCGACAAACACACAUCACACAGAGAGGGGGAUACAUCUCAAAAAACUCCUGUGUGACAACAUGACACUAAAACUAUUCCGGCAGUUUUUAUUAGUUUCUCCGUAGAUCUAGAUGGAUGGAUACGUUUCAAGUACUUUAGUUAGAACAUUUCUGUGUCGGUCUGAUCAGCAAAUUCACUGGCUUUUUUUCUUUGAGGAUAACUAGAAUAAGACAUGUAGAAGCACUAUUUACAGCAGAUUCCUUUUUUCUUUUUUUAGCACGACAGUAAUUUUAUACUUGAAGCCCCUAGGCAUUGGCAUUCUUUCAGCAGGUGGGACACAGAAACACACUAACUAACUCCCACUAGUGCAGCUGGCUUGGGAGCGUUAGUUUGAGAGAGUAUUUCUAUUGGGUUUAAAUUAGCUCACGUAGGUUUAUUCACUUUUGUUGUUGGACUACUGUCUCCAGCAUUUGUAGCCUUUAUCGUAUUAUGUCUAAAUGCCUUAAUUUAUGUACAUGCCAAUAUUGAAAGAACAUGAUGCAUCUUAGUCCUUGAACAUUUUCAACUUUUUGUUCUUGUAUCAGAGUGUAGCAGUUCUCACUGCUGAUUUUUUUAAUCUGAUAAAACGUUUCAAACUAAAUGUGAUUUUUUUGUUACUAAUCAUUGACAGAAAACAUUCACAAGAAUACUCACUGAAACUAAGCCAAUUGAUAGAAAAGCAUAAAGUGGCAUAUUGUCAUUUGACUCCCAAAUAAUACAUUUUUCUUGUCAAAUUUAAACAAAGUAUUUAUAUUUCUACCUCAAUACGUUAAAGUUGGAAAUAAAUGUGGCUUGGACUUAUUCACCUAACGGUCAUAUUGCUUCCCAAGUAGCUUCAUUAUCCCCACCCAGCUACUGUUAAGACCCAAUAUGGCGGCUUGGUGAACAAAGCCUCAUCAACUUUACCAUUGCAUGGACGGAUCAGGGCC